CCGCGGUGUUAAGAAAUAAAGCCAUUCGCACACUUCGCCUCGCGAGCGCCACUACUGUGCUUGUAUAUGUAUUUUCUUAAUAUUUAAUGGCAUAACAUAACGUAUAGGCGUGUUACAAAAUGGUCAGAGUCGUCGAAACAUUGGCCAACGUGUUCGCGGUGACCGUGUUGUGUGUUUGCUUCCAUAACACUCUGCAGCUGGUUCCUAUACCGGACUUCAUCCAUCCCUGUGGUGAACUAACAGACGAAUGCUUCACCAAAGCCACCCUCGAUGCUAUCCCGGGAGUUGUCAGAGGCAUCCCAGAGGCCGGGAUACCACCCCUGGAUCCGCUGUACCUGGAUAGAAACAUCACAAUCAAUCUACCGGGAAACGUUAAGUUGACAUUCCAUAAUGGAAAACUUACGGGAUUAAGUACAUGCGUACCCGAUAAAGUUUCGUCUCGCAGGGAGAAGCGAACAUUUAUAUUCGACAUCCACUGUAACUUCACCAUCAGAGGGCAUUACAGCAUCCUCGGGAGGAUUUUGCUCUUCAGUCUAGAUACGGAGGGCAGCGCUAAAAUAAAAAUCUGGAAUCAACACAUACACUUAGAAGUCUUAGAGAAGGUAGUAAAGGACAAGAAUGGAGAAGGCCAUUACAAGAUCAAUUCCUAUAAAUACAAGGCUGACUAUGGAUCCGACCUUAAACUUAAUCUUACAAAUCUCUUCAGAGGCAGCCCUGAAAUCAGUGCCAACAUCCUGGAUGUGCUAAACUCCAACGCUCAGCUGGUGGCUGCAGAGUUCGGAGGACCCAUACUCGACUACGCGAUAGACUAUGCUAUGAACGUAACACAACGGUUCUUCAGUACCUACACCUAUGACCAGAUCAGCAAAGUACCACUCACAGAAGAUUUCUUUGAGGAUGAUUAAAACGUCGCAUAGGGUCUGUCAUGACUGUAUUAGGCUUUAAGGUUUCAAGCACAAAAUUGCAGCGGUCUACAGUAUUAAAUCAUAAUAUCAAAAUAUCAUCAACCAUCAAAACUACUCCUAAGUUUAACUACUGAAAUACCUUGAGUAAAGAUUCUACAAGCAUUAAUUUUAUUACUAACACUACAAAAACAAGACAAAGCGUUCGCAACAUUUUGUCUAAAAAUGUUUUAUCUUGCCUAAAACAACCAGACAAAAAGU